GCGGUGGGGAGUGGGGGGAGCGGCGUGCGGGCAGCUGCAGUGCAGGGGCGGACACGGCCACCUCCUCGGCUGGGGGAGGCGGGACGGCCCGAGAUAAAUGGCUCAUUUAAACCGGGGACUACUGAUAUACUCUCUGGCUGGCAAAUGCAGUGCCUAGCAGCAGUCAUCAAGGACGAACCAAACAUGAGUGGUGGAGGAGAGCAGGUCGACAUUCUCCCGACCAACUACGUGGUCAAAGAUCGCUGGAAAGUGCUGAAGAAGAUUGGUGGAGGUGGCUUUGGGGAGAUCUAUGAGGCAAUGGAUUUGCUGACCCGUGAGAAUGUGGCCUUGAAGGUGGAAUCAGCUCAGCAGCCCAAGCAAGUUCUCAAGAUGGAAGUGGCUGUUCUGAAAAAGCUGCAAGGGAAGGAUCAUGUUUGCAGAUUUAUUGGCUGUGGAAGAAAUGAAAAGUUUAAUUAUGUGGUCAUGCAGCUUCAGGGCCGAAAUCUUGCGGAUCUCAGAAGGAGUCAGCCUCGAGGGACUUUCACCCUGAGCACAACGCUGCGAUUGGGCAAACAGAUUCUGGAAUCAAUAGAAGCCAUUCACUCUGUGGGAUUCCUGCAUCGUGACAUCAAGCCUUCCAACUUUGCCAUGGGCCGCUUGCCUUCAACGUACAGGAAGUGCUACAUGUUAGACUUUGGUCUGGCCCGUCAGUACACCAACACUACUGGGGAAGUCCGACCACCUCGUAACGUUGCGGGUUUCCGAGGGACUGUUCGCUAUGCCUCUGUGAAUGCACACAAAAACAGGGAGAUGGGUAGACACGAUGAUCUGUGGUCCCUCUUUUACAUGUUGGUGGAGUUUGCUGUUGGUCAGCUUCCAUGGAGAAAGAUCAAAGAUAAGGAGCAGGUUGGCAUGAUAAAAGAAAAGUAUGAACACCGAAUGCUGCUAAAACACAUGCCUUCAGAGUUCCACCUUUUCCUGGAUCACAUUGCAAGCCUAGACUACUUCACCAAGCCAGACUAUCAGCUAAUCAUGUCAGUUUUUGAGAACAGCAUGAAAGAAAGGGGCAUCACUGAAAAUGAAGCCUUUGACUGGGAGAAGGCUGGUACAGAUAUCUUGUUGUCCACUAGCACCUCAACUCCACCACAGCAGAACACCAGGCAAACAGCAGCCAUGUUUGGGGUGGUUAAUGUCACUCCGGUACCCGGGGACCUGCUCCGUGAGAACACUGAGGAUGUCCUACAGGGUGAACAUUUGAGUGAUCAAGAGAAUGCUCCUCCCAUCCUGUCAGGUCGGCCAGUGGAAGGUCUUGUUCAGGCUCCAAAUGCAGCUUUCAAUGAGGGUGAAGUUUGGGAAGAGACAGAUGUGAAUCGCAACAAACUCAGGAUCAGCAUCAGCAAAACUCAGUGCAUGGUGGAAGAGGAGCAGAGAAACGGGGUGUGCCCCAGUUCCCCUGUCCGAGUGCCUCCGGAGUCCCCGACCACACAAGUACGCUCCCUCCGCUACCGCCGCGUCAACAGCCCCGAGUCAGAGCGGCUCUCCACGGCUGAUGGAAAAGCAGAUCCACAUGAAAGAAGGUCUCGAAUGGAUAUCCCUGGCUCUCCAUCCCGGCUCGUGUGCUCCUCACAGCCAGCUCAGAUGCUGUCCAUUGAUACGGGCCAGGCAGACCGGCAGGCGAGUGGCAGGAUGGACGUGUCUGCCUCCGUGGAGCACGAGGCCCUCAGCAACGCCUUCCGCUCCGUGCCGCUUGCAGAGGAGGAGGACUUUGACAGCAAGGAGUGGGUUAUCAUUGAUAAGGAGACAGAGCUGAAGGACUUUCACCCUGGUGCUGAGCCAAGCACCUCUGGAACCACGGAUGAGGAGCCUGAGGAGCUAAGGCCUAUUGAAGAUGGAGAAGAGAGAAGGCGCCUGGGGGCAGAUGCUGCAGUGAGGCCGAAGACUCACGAUGGGCGAAGCCGGGGUAUGCUGCCUGUGACUGAGGAGGACAGUUCCCAUAGACAUGAAGGACCUUCUCAAACAGUGUCUGACAGUAGACAUGAACAGCAGACAGGAAGUCCAGCCCACUCCCCCUUACAUUCAGCACCAGCUCUCCGACAAAGGAGACGAGAAUCUGAGCCUACUGGUCCUCAGAGACAGGCAUACAUGCUGAAGUCAUUUGAAAUGAACGGCCUUCCCAAGGCAGUCCCUUUAAGUUUGCCUUACCAAGACUUCAGAAAAGAUAUGUGCAAUUACUGGGAAAAGCCUAAGUUAUCCCAGCGGAAAAAGAAAGUUGAUUUCUCAAAUAUUGUCUUGACUGCUCCUUGCAAACCUCUGGAACAUUAUCUGGAAAUGAAUGGAAAAGAGGAGCAGGAGAAGGAGGAAGAAGAGGAGGAAGACUACGAGGAGGAGGAAGAUGAGCAGGAUGAGAGGGAGGAGGAAGAGGAGGGCAAUGAGAUUGACAUGCACAGUGAUUCCAGCAGUGACUUGAGUCAGAAAAGCACGGAGCGCAGCCAGGAGUGCGCACCGUCCACACUCCUGGCUGAUGACCAGAAGGGGUCCAAGGGUCGAGCAUCCACUGCUGAUGGGGACCUGGAGCUGGAGGAAGGCUCAAAAACGUUAGUGCUGUUUUCACCAGGUGAUCUGAAAAAGUCUCCAGUGGCUGCAGAUUUACCUCCAGAAGUUGAUCUGGGCACUCUUGCUGCACUGACACCCCAGAGCGAGCGGCCGCAGCCCAUGGGGAGCCAGCUGGAUGUGUCUGAGCCAGGGACCCUGUCCUCAGUCCUUAAGUCUGAACCAAAGCCUCCCGUGGCAGUGGCUACAGCUUCUUCCCCAUUCACCAAAGUGGAGCGCACCUUUGUUCACAUCGCCGAGAAGACCCACCUGAAUGUGAUGUCUUCCAGUGGGCAGCUGAUGCGGCAUGAGGAGUGCUGCCCCCUGGGACAGCUCGAGGAGGUCAUAGUCAAGAAGGAGCUGGAGCACCACGACCUGGUGCUGCUGGAGAACGGAAGCAUUCACUCCGGGCUGGAAGAGGCAGACAUGGAGAGCUGCGCACUGUCAGCCAACCCUGUCAAGACCACCUCGGAGACCGUGGGGGAGCAGCCAGCCCUUUCCAAUGGCAUGCCAAAGCUUCCUGAGGAUGAGCUCUCCGGCAAAGCGCUGCUCUCUCUGAAUUUGGAAGAGCCUGCCAAGGUGGCUACCAGGGAGCCUGGCCUCGAGAAGGCAGCAUCAGCAACAGAACACCUGAAGCGAGCAGAGACCCUCCUCGAGACGCCACAGCAGGGCCCCAGGAGGCCGCUGGACUCCAGGUACAGAAGCCGGAUACCCAUUUUGUUCUCUGAGGAGGACACUGGCUCAGACCUUUCAAAUUCACUCUCAGCCAAAGAAAGGCUUUAUAAGAGGGCAAAGCAGCCUGACCUGGCUCGCCUGGUGAUGGAGAAGAGACAGAGCCGCCUCCUCUGGUUGGCCUCAGGCGCCUCCUCCUCGGCCUCGUCCAGUGACGAGCAGCGGCGAGCCUCCGAAACCCUGUCAGCCACCGGUUCUGAGGAGGACACCCAUGACUCCGAUGACUCCAUCCCACGGAAGGGAGAGAAGAAGGCUGCACUGCUGGGGAAAGAAGAGAGAGCCGUAAGCACAAGGAGCAGAAUUCCUCGUCCCAUCGUGCCAGUGAAAACACUGCUGGAGGUGGCAAGGUCGGAGAGCUCUGUGGCUGCUGCAGUGGCAGGGCUGGGCAGCUCCCCACAGGAUGCAGAUGCUGCCUGCAGGCUUCAGACACAGAGCCCAGCUGGAAGCAUCCCAUACGAGGGCCAAACAACACAGGUACAAAGUCGGCUUCCUUCGUCACCAAGUUCCACUUAUCUUCCUCCACGGAGCAGCUCGCAGAGGUCCGGUGGUGCAUCCCCUCGGAGCCCUGUCAUUCUUUCCAGGAACCCCAGUACUUCCCCCAGAAGCCAGCUGCUGACUCGGAGGGAAAGUCCUUCUCCCUGCCGGCAGCAUAAACCAGGGACUGCUCCUCAGCGAGUUCCUCCUUCCCCCCGACCUCAGCCCUCAGCUCAGGCCCCAGGGCCUACAGGAGAUUCCCUGCCAUCUCCCUGCGUGGCCAAAAAACGACAAAGAGGAAAAACCCAGACUCAAAGUCCAGCUACCAAAGGAAAGCAGGUGUCCCCGGAAAGUAAGGCAGCUGCCAGAUAAUGACCUUCUCCUGCGAGCCCAGCAGACUGGGUAACUUCACGUAUAGUACACAAUUGAGCUGCUGCAGCACAGCCUUCCAUGCUGGACCCACGAGUGUAUAGCAGUAGCUGUACUUGAAUGCUUCACUCACUCUCACCCCACACCGCAAUCAGCUGCCACAGGCCUGGCAGCCUCCGAGCCACGGAGCCUUUCCAAGGGAGACACCCAGCCCACAGAUCACGCUUGCUAAUGCACAGCACCCAACUGUGACCCAGGCAGCCUGCCCAGAGCCUGACCUGCCUCCCUCCCCAGGGAUUCCCCUCUCUCCUAGCAAUACCAGUCCACAACAUUGGCUCCAGCUGUGGAAAGAGGAGCAGAGGUGACAAGAGCAAGGCCUGCUAAAGAGGGAGGAUCUGUCCUGCAGGCAGCUCCUUCCUUUCUCCUUGCUGGGAAAACACCAGCCUUGGUCGCCCAUCACCAUCUCCUUGAGUGUUGGCUCACCUCCCACCACCUGUUAGCAAGGGAUUGCCACUAUCUUAUUCAAGAGGGAUGGAUGUAUCCUUGUGUGCUGAGAUAAGAGAAGGGGUAAGGAGGAGAGGGCUCUUCUGUCCUUUCCAGAGAUGCCUCGACAGGUAGGAAUUAGGAGACAGGCAGACCUUGCUGGAUGCUCCUACCUGCUCCGGUAUGUCCCACAGAGGAGGCUGUCUAGCAUUGCUCCUCAGACACUGCUGCUGUUUGAGUGUUGUGAGUGCUUAGGUGGAAGUAGGGAUGUGUUGGCAGCUUGCUGGGAAAUCAAGAGCUCUUGCUAAUUAAUGUAGAAGGGAGCACACUGCAGCCACUUCUGUCACAAAUACCUAACUGUGAUCUGUGGACAUCAUAUCCCCCAGCAAGGGUGGUUCCUGUCAGCCUGAGCAUGGUUGGUGCCACAGACUUGUAGUCCACCAAACACAGCUCCAUCAUGAAGAUGUGAAUAGUCACUGGAUGCCUUUAGCCUGAGUGCCCCUUGCACCUGAAUUCCUUGUGUUUUAUUGUCACGCUCUUGGUGUUUGUGAAUUUUGGUACUGUGGUUGAAAGUUCUUCUACAGGUCAGGGUGGGAAAUUAUUACCCUGUAGUAUACCCCAAAACCUGCUGCUUUGCAAUGAGAGGUUUGCUGCCAUGCCAUGGCCACAUGCAUUUCUAUCUGAGGGGACAGUGGGUUGAGUGGCAGAGGUGGGGUUUAUGCCUUUUCCUUAGUGCUCACCUCUGCCACACGUUGAGGAUGAACAAUGUGAACAUAAAAGCAAGGGCUGUGCUCUUCAAGUAAUAUUAUCUGAGCACAAGCUUGACACUCAGCUAGAGCUAAAUCAACCGUUUAACCCCCAGACUAAUUAGGAAGGCUUGAAAGUAAAAGCAAGGAGGACUGAUACUUGUCUGAUCUUGAUGAGAUCUUGAAGUGGACAAAAUUUCCCCCACGCCUCACAGGAGAAAACACUGCAGACCCAAAUACUUUGUGCUUCACACCAUUAUCAUGCCUAAAAGAGGCUUUGCAUAAGGCAGAACAAAAAUACAGCUGCUCUGUACACCCAUUCUUGUAGUUGCAACUACCUGCAAAUAUUUACCAUUUACAGACAACAAAGCUUGACAGAGGAAUCUGAACAGUAGUAAUAAGCUUGAUUCAUUUGAACAUGAAUGCAGACAGUCACACUGGUGGCCAUCAAGUUCAAGGAAUCCUGAAGCUGCUCAUAUCUACAGGAGUCCUGGAAAGGAGUAUGAGGGCUGUGACAGGGUGGCUGGGAGAAAAGGGUACUCCUUGCACACCUGAAUAGGGAAAUGCGUAGAAACAGGAGACAGGAAUUAUCUCUUCAUAUGGCAGUCUCAGUGUUGCUAACACUAAGAAUUUAUUUCACCUAACUCAAAGUGUUUUCCAUUGAUGUGGUUCACCCUGGUCGAGUAAGCAGCACAGCUUAGUUGGAAAACAUACCCUCAUCUUUGCAGAGCAGCACUGGGAACUCAGAGUGAGCUCAGUCUGUGGUCUGAUGGACUGAGCUGAUGUUCUAAUCAAAAGCAGCAUCCCUCCAAGUUCCACCUGCUUUGUUGCACAGUUCCACCACAUUUACACUGCAGCAGCUGUUUGAUAAAGUGGCUGGAAAUGCUGAUCCAGCACAACACAAACUGCUGAUUUGCCAAUUUGGUUUUCAUCUGGUUCAUUUCAUCACUCUGGUUCACCAUUUGGUCACACAACAAAGAAGGACACACAGAGACUGUGACCACUUCUUCUGGUGGCAUUAUAACUUUCUCUGAGUUUGAAGUGUGGGUCAGACUAGAACCUAAGUACAUGCUGCAGGUUUAGAAACCAGAAAACAGAAUAAACUCAAAGACACAUCCUUUGCAGAAGUAUAAAUCAUAAUGGACUCCUAUUAAUUUAUUGGAGGUCUAUUAAUUUUAGAGUGCUCAGGUGGUAAGACUUGGUUGUGAAGCCUUUACCAGAUGGUCCAUCCAGGUCUUAAUUAACAUGCCGAAAUGAUAUUGAAUGAGCUUUGAAAGAGGACUACAGGACUAUUAACAGGAUUAGCAAACCUGCCUCAUCAUGGAAAACCAAUAAAGCAUAAUCAGUGUAUUUGUUCAGGAAAAAGUUUAAAGGACAGUUUUCUAUGGCCCUAUGCCAGGAAGGAAGCUCCAGGGCAGAGACAAGGCUGGGUUGGACAGAGCAUCCUGCCUGAUCUAGUGGCAGGUGUCCCUGCCCAUGGCAGGGGGGGCUGAAACUGGAUUAUCUUUAAGGUCUCUUCCAACUCAAACCAUUCUAUGAUUCUGUGAUCUUCCUCUGGCACAUGAAAGCAGAGAAGUCAGAGCAGCCAAGAACAGCAGAUGAAGAAAUCAGGCAGGCUUUUAAUUGUGAAGCAACCAUCCAGUGAAGUAUUUCACAGGAUUAUGAGGACUUUUUCUUAUUAAAAGGUUUCUGUGAAACUGAGCUGUCUUCUAAGAGGUCUGUCUACCAUGACCCAACCACAAGAAGCAGGUGGGAUUCUGGUGACACCAAGGUAUCAAUCUCUCUCUCUGGUGCAGUGGAUUCCUGGUCCCACCAGGAUACAUGCCAAACUAGUAUAUACUGGAGAGCUGAUUGACAGGUCCCAAAGGUUUCAGAAAGCAAGGGAAAGAUGGCCAGCACAGAAAAUAACACAGUUCACAGUGUUGUUUGACAGGGCUAGGCUGAGGAUGCAGCUGAGUCUGUAGAGAUCUGAGACCAGCAUGAGUUGCUGGUCUCCUCACAGUUGUGCUACCAGACUCCCUGCACAACCCUGCUUCCCAGCUUUCCCUGGCAUGGAGGGCAGCAGGAGAGUGCAUCAGCAGUGUGGUGUGCCCCAGGUCCUAUUCUCCUGGAUGGCGGUGCUCCCAUCCAGGGCAGCAGCACACACAGUUUCCUCUGGAUCCUCUCUUCUUCUGCUGCCCUGCAGGAAAGUUGAAAGGGCACCUGCCACAGCUGGAGCAAACGUGUGAGGACAAGAGGGGAUGAGACCUGUAAUGUUAAGGGAGAAGUUGGGUGGUUGAGGAAUGCCAGAGGAUCUGGUCUGGCAGCACAGGGCAUGGUGGCUGUUACAUCCCAGAAAGAUGGGAGAGGCAAGACCUUGUUGUUGUCUGCUGUGAGUCUUGUGCAAGCUCUGUCAAGCCUUGAGGAUACAUAGGGCUGCUCAAGCACUGCUGGGGGUGCGGCCAUGUCCUUGCAGGUGAUUGUGUGUUUUGAGGGAACUCCUGGGACAGGCCAGCACUGUUCCUUCAUCUGUGCAUUCAUCUGCAUGGGUAGGGAGAGACAGGUCUUGUUCAUGUGCGUUGGGACUACAAGAAUCUUUGGGACUGCCUGGUGUCGUGCUGAGUGCUGAGAUGGCCCCAGAUGGCAGGUGAGAAGGAGCCUAUGGCUGGCCAGGAGCUGCCUGCAAAGAAACAUGGAUACAGGAUGGAUGUGCCAAGUGGGGAAUCUGAAAGGCAGUUCUCAGCACUAAGCCAGUGUGGCAAUGGGUUAUAUGAGCAGAGGGAGAAAAAGGACAGAUGGCACCAGUCAGAUUGAUACUGUGGAGAGGCUCACACACACGGAUGGAUGGAGCUGCUUAAGUGAUUUGUCUGGCUGGCAGCACAGGCACUUCUGCUUGCCUUGGUGCAAAAGCUGUUUUGGUAGCAAAUAUCUCCGGGUUAGUUGUGCUAAGUUGUGAGAGGCAGGAGACUUUGUCUGCCUUUUUUUAAGUAAAGAAUAUUAUAAUAUAUACAUUAUUAUAAUAAUAUAAGUAGCGACCAUUAUAUAUAGAGACUAAAAGGAUCCUGCCACCUUCAGAGAAGCCUCAUCUGUGACUUCAGAUGUGUGCAGGCUGACUGUGACUGACUGAUGUGUGCAGUGAAUGUGGAUGGGGGAACAGGGUACCACUCUACCAAAGUGUAGAGUGUGUCAGCUGUGAGGCUCCACCUACCUGAGCAUGAACCAAGGCCAAAACAUGCCAGCCUGGGUGGGUGACAGCUGUCAGCUGUCCUGUUUGCCAGCAGACCUGCAGCAGCUGCUGGAACGACACACAGCUCUGUGGGGCAUGGAUCAGGAUCUGGAGCGUCGCUGUUCACGUGGCUGCCGCUGGCUAACACAAGCACUGCGAGUUUGGUGGUGAAACAUUUGGAUCCAAAGCAGGUUGUGUUGGGGAAAGGAAAUCUUUCACAUUUCUCCUUUACAACAAAGAGGUGUUUCUCACUGUAGAUCCUGUGUAAGAAGACGAUCACUGACAGCCUGGGCAGCUCCUGUAGCAGCUUAGUGGUCCCUCAGCACACUUCUUUCUUCUCAGUUCAUUGACCCACAGCAUGAUCCCAGUAUUCCACAUGCACAGACACCAAUGCCCACCUAAGGCCUUGCCCCACACAUCAGUCACCUGCAGUUAAAUUAAUCCUGUGAACACAGUAAGUCCCAUUGCGGACAUAAUGAGUUUGGUAUCAAAUGAGUUUCUUCUGGCUGGACUGAAACAUGCCCAUGCUCCAGCAGUGCUAGGCUGGUUUGACAAAGCCCACAGGGACCACCUGAGAGUUUGCAAACACUUUUUUGGUUCCAUCUGUUUCCCAGCUACUCCUGCACCUCCACAUGAGGAAGAGAGCUUGGGCUGCUGUUCAGGCCCUUUCCUGGUGUGGCAUGUGCCUGUAACUGGGCUGCUGGGUGGGAGCCUGUGGGCUCACUGUGUGCUGGCUCCUGAGGUCCUCUGCAGAACCCCCAGGGGCUCUGCUCUUCAGCAGCAGCAGCAGGUGCUGCAUUCCAAGGGACUGGGACUGGGACUGGGACUGGGACUGGGACUGGGACUGGGACUGGGACUGGGACUGGGACUGGGACUGGGACUGUGCUAGCAGGGGCAGCAGAGCCAGCUGAUGUUAAGACCUCCAUGAGCAUUGGGGUUGGUAGCUUUGUGAGGGAAUAGCUCUGCCUGCAGGCUGAGGUGAGCUGUGAUCCCAAGUACAGCCAGAAUCCCAUGAAAUGACAGUGAUUUAUACACUAUCACUCUCCUGUCGCUUCAUUCCUAAGGUAGCUCCUCCAGCAAAUCUCGUGUUCAAAGUCACUGUAUGUUCCCUCCAAGUCAGUCCCCUUCUGCCUGGGGGGUUGAAGCCCUCCUGAAUUCUGCAGAGCCUGAGGCAGACUUGGCCAUCAACCUAUGCAACAGGUCAUGCCCCAUGCAGGCCAGUGUGCUGGGUCAUAAGGAGGAACAUUAUCCCUUUUAUUUCUGGAGCUGCAAAUGGCUGGAAUGCAGGUUUAAAGUAAACUGAUGCCCUCUGUGCUGAAAGGACGAAGCUACUAAAGAAAAUCCAGAGCUGGGUUCCUGGUAGGGACCAAGAUAAUUCCACCUGCUCUUAGCUCCUGUACCAGAGGGGGCUCAGAGGCGAGAGCUCUGCUUUGGGGAAGAUACUGCAGAACUGGUACUCCUCAGCAGCUGCUCUGGCUUGGCCCAUAUUGUCCCACCUGGAGUGCCGGGAGCUCUGGCACAGGUUCCCUGGAGAAGGCUAGGGCUGAUGUUUCCUUGGGAAUGCACAGCACAGGCUGGGGACCAUCCCUGCCUGUGGGAUGGGAUGAGCUCUGCAGGACAUGGGGGUACCCCUGCGUGUGAAACCUGUGUCAGCAGGACUGCUGUGCUAUGGGAUCUGCUGCUUCUUCUCCAGACAGGAAUUGGAGCUGGAAACACAAGAUAAUUUUAUAUAUCUCCCUUUAAGACAAUAGCAUUUGACUGUACACUCAGACGUUGUUCCUGGCACAUCGAUGUUUUCCUUCGCCUCUGGCACACCCUGGAGACAGGACUUCUGCUCCAUGGUACUGCCUGCCUGGAAAUGUGACUGAAUCCCAAGGCUAAAUCUCUCUACAUAUCUUCUUUGCAUUCUUUAGGAAAGCAGCUGAAGAAUGUUUACACACUGCAAACAGAAUGUAGGACACCGACUGAGGAACCACAAUCUGGUUCAACUGCAUGGCAAAUUUCUUGGCCAUAAAAUCUGGCAUGCAUCACAGAAGCCCUAUGUACAGACCCACCUGGCAUUUGUCUUAAUUUCAGAUCACAACUUUAAAAAUAAUAAACUAUUAUGCCAUUUCUUGUUCAUAUCAGACACAGUUGGCAUUAGAUUUGUUAUUAAAAGGGGAUUCUGGAUCAUGUCAUUAAAAGCCUGUCUACCUUUUCA